GAUCGCUUCCCUUAGCUUCCGUCUCUCCUUGUAUAUUCGAAGAUGUUCUCCAGCAGUCAAUUCGAGCCCAAUUCCGCUUUCUCCGGCGGCGGAUUCAUGUCCUCUCAGCCUUCUCAGCCCUACGAAUCAUCUCCCUCCUCCUCCACUACCAAAGGACUAGUUCCAGUGACGGUGAAGCAAAUCACCGAAUCUUCACAGUCCGGUGGUGAAAAAUCAGGAAUCGUCAUCAAUGGAAUCGAAAUUACAAACGUGUCACUCGUUGGGUUGGUGUGUGAGAAAGACGUCUCUAAAGUCACUGAAGUUAGAUUCACUCUUGAUGAUGGCACUGGUCGUAUCGACUGUAAAAGAUGGGUGAAUGAAAGUUUCGACGCUAGAGAAAUGGAGUCUGUUCUAGAUGGAACCUAUGUGCGUCUCAAUGGUCAUUUGAAGACUUUCCAGGGGAAUAAGCAGCUUCUUGUUUUCUCUGUCAGACCUAUUGUGGAUUUCAACGAGGUGACCUUUCACUAUAUUGAGUGUAUACACUUCUAUUCCAAGAACUCUGAAUCACAGUUGGGACAGCAAGUUGGUGAUGUCACUCAAUCCCAUGCGGUGAACUCAUCGGUUAACACAAACCAGCCAACCACAUUGAACCCUGUGAUGUCCUCUCAAAACAAUGAUGGAAAUGGGCGCAAGAACUUGGAUGAUAUGAUUCUGGACUAUCUAAAGCAACCUGCUUGCACUGCAAGACAACAGGGGAUACACGUGGAUGAAAUUGCCCAGCAGUUGAAGGUUCCUAAGAACAAGCUAGAGGGUGUUAUACAGUCACUAGAAGGGGAUGGUCUUAUAUACUCAACAAUUGAUGAGUAUCACUUCAAGCAUGUCGAGCUUUGAUCAAUCUAAGAGUAAUCAAGACAGAGUUUAAAUUCAGUAGGGAAGAGUUGCUUUUUUAUUUUAUUUUCAUCACAAUCUAGUAUCAUUCUGCAACUACUUUAGCUACGUACCUGCCUGCUUAAUGGAUUGAUUAUUCCCAUCUUGUUCUUGGUUUAGUUUUCCAUUUUCUUUGUUGUUCCAUAUUCUCAAGCCUGCAUUAUGUUAUUAGGUUAGUAUUUCGGCUUCAGCCUAGUUCGCAUACGAUUAAGUAAAACCAGAAACAAGGCAAGGCUUGUUAGUAAAGUUGAUAAUGCAAUGAAUUUAAGAGGGGAA